AUGCGCCGGUUCAACCCUUGGGCCUUCACGAGCCGCACCAUACCCGGUUCCUUCUCUCCGCGGACCAGCCUCCUCAUCAUCCCUCUCUCCUUCCUCUGCCUCCUCCUCGUCCACAUCAUCCUGGGUGGUGAGGAUGGUGGUGAGGAGGAGUUGGAGGAGGUGGGCGAGGGUGGUGAGCGUGGUGGUGGUGGGGGUGGUUUUGUGGGGGGUGGUGAGGGUGUGGCGGUUGCGGGGGUUGUUGUUGUUGUUGGUUUUGUGGCGAGGCGGUUUGAAGAGGUUGGGUGCGAGGAGGGUUGUGAAAGGGGAGAGGAGUGGAAGGAGAAUCGUGAGGAUGGUGAGGGCGGGCGAGACGGGCAGGGAGAGGGUCGAGAUGGUGAUGUGUUCGUAGCUGGGACUGUGUUAGUCUCGGGGUGGGAGACGGGAGGGUGGGAUGCCUACAUCGCGACGCCCACGAGGGCGAGGAUUACCUAG